AAUGAUGUUCUUCAAAUUAACUAGCUUAUUUGGUGUUUUACUUUCGGUGAUUGGUGCGGAGUUUAUUCCGGGUACUCCAAUGCAACCUGUUGGUGGUACGAUCCAGAUGGUACAAAUACAACCAGUUCCGAUAUCACUGCAUCCAGCUAUAGUUCAAUCUCACAUGGAUCAUCAUCUUGAAAUGCGGGAAUCUCACAUGGCUCAAAUUUUGAAAAAAAUGACUAAACAAAUGAACGAACUCAUUGAUGCUAUAUCUUCUAAUAAACAAAUGACGUCUUCUACAUCUUCUCCUUCAACUGAACCGAAUAAUGUGUCUAAUAUGCCGGGAAACUCAACUGAAACGUCUGUGCCAAACGCAAACAAAGAAACCAACAAUAAAACGGAAAAAAAUGAUAAACAAGUUGCUGAAAAUAAGGAAAAAAAAGUCGUAAAGCCAAAGCCUGCAACAGAAUGGGCUAAACCAGUGCCACGGUUUACAAUAACUCACGAUAAUGGGGCACCUUUGUAUCACAUCUACUAAUUUUAUAAAUUUAUUAUCUUUGAUGAUGAUAAUGAAAAUAAUAAAA